ACGUGGAGAAAAAUCAAUUCUUGCUUGCCAGAGCCUGCUCAAAUGCCCGAACCAUACUUGCUUGUUCCAAAAAUCUAGGCGGGGGCUGAGCCAGCCGGAGGACAGGCACCCGGUUCCACCGGUGACUGCCGGUCGGCACGGCUCGGAAAGCCUGGCAUCGGAGCUCAGCUCUCCUUCCGGGGAGGCGACACAACCGAGGGUCAACCGAGGGAGAUACCCCAGCGGGGAACGAAAAAGCGUUAUCCCUUCUUCGUCGUGUCGUCAGAGUUCCAUUCUCUGGGACGUGAGAGGACGAGGAUUUGUGGGGCCAUGGGAAAUGGGUGGCCAAGAGAUUUGUUACUUCUUCGUCCUUUCUCCACUCGCUCUGUCCAUGUCCGACGAUGCAAAGCGCGAACGAAUGAAUGGAAGAAUGAGCUGACGAAGGAAACGAACGAACUGGUUGGCGUCCAAGCUCACUCUCCAUCUCCAUCUCCAUGGGCUUGUGAACUGGGGUCGAGACUGCUCCUCCCUUCCACUGCAUCAGCAUCAGCAUCACCACCGCCAUCCCAACCGCUCUAACUUCACACCAUGACCGUGAAUGUGUGCGCUGCACAAUGCCAUCUCUCGACAGCAGCAGCAGCUGCAGCGGCGGCUGCUGGCAGCUCACAGAGCCAGCGUAAUCAGGCGAGCCUGAGCUCGUCAGCUGUUCGUCUCGGCUCCACGUUUGUGCCCAAGAGCAAAUCUCUGCGCACCAGCUGCAGCAGCAGCAGCAGUGGGAGUACUAGCGAGGUGAAGGUGAGGACGACAGUCGAGGCUGGACUCGGGGAUUAUAUCGGAGGAGAUUUGCUUGGAUUCGACCUCGACAAAUGGUCCAGCGAUGUGGAAGAGUUCGGGUCCAUCGGCAUUUACUCGCCUCCCGAGGGCGGUUACGAGGGGCGGUAUGCCACCAGGCUCAGAAGAGAGGGCUACCACAUCCUCAAUUUGACUGCCAGAGGAUUGGGCGAUCCUGAAGCUUACCUCACCAAAAUUCACGGCGUUCGACCCCCACACCUGGGAAAGCAGGCCAUAGCAAGAUGGUACAUGCCACCGGAAGUAGACUACAGGUUGUCACUGCUGCCUAAGGAUUGCAAGGGCCUUGUGGUGUGGAUGAUCGAGUGCAAGGUGCUCUCGAAGACCGAGCUGCAAUUCUUGGCCCUGCUACCAGCCCUGCGCCCGAAAGUGAAGGUGAUUGCCGAAUGUGGACCAUGGCGAUCGUUCAGAUGGAAACCUCUGAAGGAGAUUGCAGGUCUUCCGAUGACGACGAGUCGCGAAGCAGCUGAGGCACCGGCAGCAUCGGUGCCAACAGCCUCUUCAGAAGUAGAGAAAGAGAAGAAAUCUGCUACUGAUAAAGUGGUGGCCUGACAAUUUGACGACACAGCGAGCGAGCGAGCGAUGGACCCACCAUCUUCAACCGUGCCUGCCACUCUCUCAGUAGUGCACUUGUUUCCCAGAUUUUACUUCUGUCUCUGUAUCAUUAAAAACGUCACCGCACUAGCACUGCCAUUCAUAUUCUCCAGGUCGUAAGACGAUGUAAUUUUAGCGAGUUAGUAUUGAGUAAUACUCAAGGCAGGAGAUCUCGCACUGCGUUGUAUACUGGUGUCAAUUCGACGAGAAUACGUCACACAAUUUGUCAACUUGUAAUAAACAUUCAAGACUCAAAAGUCACCUCCUCGCCGCCUCGGACGCAA